AUGGCUGAGAAAUCCAGUCCCGGUAUUCCCGGUGAUUCAGUCAUUGUCGACUGGGAAAGCCCGCAAGAUCCCCGAAUGCCACGAAACUGGUCGACUUUUAGGAAAUGGCGAAAUGUCAUGUUAAUCUCAAUGUUGACCUUCGUCUCUCCUUUCGGGUCGUCGAUGCUCGCUCCUAGUAUGGGCCAAGUGAUGGCAGAAUUCCACUGCUCCAAUACCGAUAUUGAAUCCUUGACCGUAUCUAUUUACGUCUUGGGAUACGUCUUUGGGCCGCUUUUGUAUGCACCUCUCAGCGAGUUGUUUGGCAGGCAAUUGCCGUUACUUGCCAGCUCAGCGUUGUUCACUAUUACGGCUGUGGCCUGCGCCCUAUCCGUGAAUCUUCCAAUGCUCAUCGUAUUUCGUUUUCUGAGCGGAGUCGUGGGCUCGGCGCCACUGAGUCUGGGACCUGCCAGUAUUGGUGAUAUGUUUGAGCCCCAAAGUUGCGGCAAGGCCAUGGCUGCCUGGAAUUUGCCCGUCCUUUUCGGCCCUGCUCUUGGUCCUCUUGUUGGGAGCUAUAUAACACAGUCAGGAGGCUGGCGAUGGAAUUGCUGGUUUCUGGCAAUCACUAUGGGAUCCUUGUUCCUUGUUGCCAUCCUCUUACUCCGAGAGACGCACCCGCCAACAAUACUCGAGCGCCAUGUCCUUAAAAUGCGCAAACAGAAUCACAACUAUACCUUCAUCUCCGUACUGCAGCCUACGGCAACUCCUCGAUGCACUCUAAUCAAUGCCUUCACCCGUCCAGUCAAACUUCUGCUUCUGUCGCCUAUCGUUCUAGUACUCUCGUUGUGCUCAGCAAUAAGCUACGGUUUCAUUUAUCUGCUUUUCACAAGCAUGACAUCAGCAUUUACACGCAAAUAUGGUAUUGGUACUCCUCAAGUCGGCUUGAUGUAUCUAGGUUUCGGGGUUGGAAAUAUCCUUGGAAACUUGUCGCUUGGUUACCUUUCAGACCGAUUCGUAAAGAGAAUGGCUGUGUCCACUGGAAUGAAACCAGAAUACAGACUCAUAUUCUUGAUACCUGGGAGUCUACUUAUGCCUAUAGGCCUGCUCAUCUACGGUUGGACACUCGAAUUCAAUUUGCACUGGAUGGUACCCGAGAUUGGUUUGUUCAUAUUCGGUCUCGGGACAAUCUAUAUUUCCAUGCCAGUUAACACAUAUCUCGUCCACGCAUUCCCAUCAUGCGCUGCAAGUGCCACCGCUGCAAACACAAUUGUACGGAGUCUUCUCGGUGGGCUAUUAGCUUUAUGUGGCGGACGCAUAAAUGAUGCAGUGGGAGAUGGGUGGGGCAAUUCUAUUCUCGCUUUUAUCGGCCUCGGCUUCAUUUUUCCUGUUUUUCUCGUCUACCGUCACGGAGAAUAUCUGAGGAUGCAUGGUGUAACUGUAUAG